UAUUGGAUAAAGCAACGUCUAAUUAUUUGGAAACUCACGCUCUCAGGUCGCACCAGCCAUUUGAUUUUGGAACCCUGCUCUUAUCUUCCUUGCCUUGUGGUUUCAUGAAUGUAUGCCAAUUACAUAACGAAUUGCUUUUUUAUUCAGGCCAUCGAGAAGUUUAGCCUCCUGGGAGUUGGGAAAAAAGAACAACGUUUCACUGCUGAAUGUUGUGAAUAGGAUUAAUGGGGGCUAUGUCAAUGCAUGUUUCUUCAUUCAUACUACAUUCCCCAGGUGUUACAUUAGACCAUAAAUUUGUGGGUGGCCCAACGCUUAAAUUUAUCAACAAAAAGAAGCAACGGGGACUAUUCUCAAGAUCAAGACUGAUUUUAAGCUCAGGCACUGUAAACACAACAAAUGAAAUGGUCUCUGAGAGUUACAAGGACGAAUCUGGGAAUGUUAAAAAAUCUGCAAUAUCAGGUGUUGGAGAGCCAUCUAAGGACAAUCGCAUUGUAUUUGUUGCAGGAGCCACUGGUAAAGUUGGUUCGCGCACUGUCAGGGAACUUUUGAAGCUUGGAUUUCGUGUACGGGCAGGUGUGCGUAGUUUGCAGAAAGCAGAGCCACUUCUUGAGAGUGUGGCACAAUUAAAAUUGGAUUCUCAGAGUGUGAAUCCUUCUGUGCCCUUAAGGCCAACAGAGGAAAAGAAGAUCGAGAUUGCUGUGUGUGACUUAGAGAAACCAAAUGAAAUUAGAUCAGCAAUAGGCAAUGCACGUGUUGUAGUCUGUUGCAUAGGUGCAAGCGAGAAGGAGGUUUUUGAUGUAACUGGACCAUACCGUAUUGACUAUCAGGCAACCAAAAACCUCAUUGAUGCAGCAACUGUAGCAAAUAUUGAUCAUUUCAUUCUCUUGACCUCAUUGGGAACAAGCAAAGUUGGAUUUCCUGCAGCAUUAUUAAACCUUUUUUGGGGUGUUCUUAUAUGGAAAAGAAAGGCGGAAGAAGCAUUGAUUAGCAGUGGCCUUCCAUAUAGUAUUGUUAGACCUGGUGGGAUGGAACGACCAACUGACACUUAUAAGGAGACCCAUAAUCUUGUUCUUGCUAGCAAAGACACAUAUUUUGGUGGUCAGGUGUCAAACUUGCAGGUGGCAGAACUCUUUGCAUGCAUGGCAGAUAAUACAGAGCUUUCUGUGAAUAAAGUUGUUGAAGUAAUUGCCGAGACAACUGCUCCUCUGCUUCCUAUCAAAGAACUCCUGGCUAAAGUUUCAAUAGCAGAUGGCAUGGAGCAAAAGUCCACUUCAGAGCUUGUGGCAUCGGCUCCAGUGUCCCAGUCAUCAGUGGAACAAGAUGCUUCUGAAUCUGCUCCUCCAGUAACUGCAGAGAAAGCUGAACAGCAGCCAAACGCAAUGAGAUCCCUUUCUCCUUAUUCAAUGUAUGAGGAUUUGAAACCUCCAACUUCUCCAACUCCAAAGCAGUGCUGAUCCUUGAAUAGAAUAUGAUUUCGUGAAAUUGUAUAUCCAAUUUGUUUUGUGGACAAGAUAAAUGAGAUUUAUUUCAAGUGGCUAUCAUAUUCAAGCUGCUGUAGAUGAAAUAAAAUAUAUUUUUAAAAAAUUAUAUUUUACGAUCCUCUAAUUAAUUGAUGAAAGCUUGUCACGCUGAGAAGAGUAUAUGUGCACACUCCAUAGCUGAAAAUUGAAAUAACUCAUUCUUGAAGAUUCUCUGCAGAUUUGUUUUGGUACAAAGAUGAGAUUGGAUAGUUUUCAAGGGCUUUCAAUAUUUUUCAUCA